AAAAAAAAAAAAAUAAAUAAAACAACAGUUACAAUGAUGUUGGGGGGUUACGAGGCGCAAUCGGAUUACUAUCCGCAAUGGCAUCAGCCCUACAAUUAUGUCACACAAUUACCGUAUGGUCCUCUGAACGUGCCCGACGCGGAUAGCCAAUCGACGUACUGGGGCGCGGAUUCCGGGAUCUCUGGGGGUAGUUCCGGCGCUGGGAGCCCCACCGCUUCAACGCCUCCCCUAAUCGAAGAGAUCGGUGUCCAAGAGCCCAGCUAUUCACCCCUGCAACAAUACCCACACCCUUCCAUCAACCAACAUUAUUCUAAUUUACCUUACUCGCCUCAACAAGACGUUCCACAUCAUCUGCAUCAUCAUCACCAUCACCAUCAUCAUCAACAAAGUCACAGAAGGGAGGGUGACUAUUCGACAAUAUCGUCAGUAAAUCAAGUUGACGGAUCGCUUCAGCAACACCUCGGGCAAGAAGCAAGGGACAAUGGUACGGUCGUCAGGCCUAAAAGAAGAAACACAGCGAAUAAGAAGGAGAGGAGGCGAACACAGAGCAUAAACAACGCGUUUGCUGAUCUUCGUGACUGUAUACCCAAUGUGCCGGCAGACACUAAAUUGUCGAAAAUCAAGACACUGAGAUUGGCAGCCUCGUACAUCGGUUAUCUGAUGGCGGUGCUGGAAAGCGACGAAGGAGAGGAGCCGCAGACCUUCCGCGCUGAAAUUUUGUCCAAUGGCAGAAGAAACAAAACGGCCCAAGCAAGUCAGAACGAGUCGUAUUUACAGCAGGCGUCCGGUUUCGGAUCCGAGGAAUCGUCGAAAAGUAAAGGACGAACUGGCUGGCCGCAACAUAUGUGGGCCCUCGAGUUGAAGCAGGAAUCACCUACCAACCAGAUGCAAUAAAAGUCACCGAUUCCCUAUCUAUUUCUGACAUGUUGUGGCUUCUGUUCUAUCAUUAUCGAGAAACCAAUCCAAAUUGGAGGAUUGGAUCGAGGUUGGUGGUGAGCCAGGAAGAUUUGAAAUAACCUUCGAUUAUUUUCAUCUUUUCCGAGCCCAGCAAUCAGGUAUUUCGAGAAGCAUAAAUAGUCGGAACAUAUUUGUUGUUACUCUUUUAUUUUCCAUCAUCGGCGAAGCGUUACGUAGUAAAAUAAGAUUAAUUUAUUCACAUAGUUGCGAGAUAAGGUUAAUGUAAAAAUUAUUUUAGGUAAUAUCCGUGUGUAUGUGUGUAUGUGUAUCCGAGAGGAUGAAGAGAUUCUUUUUUUAAUUCCUUACAUUUAGCUGAUUUUAUUUUUUAAAAAAUCCGAAAGACCUUUUUAAUCGUGUUUGCACUUCCGAUGAUUUCAAGAUCUUCUGAAUUUGUAAUAAAAAAAAUAGGCAAAUCAUUUUUAUUUCAACGCGGAGAACGUUGAUAAACCUUGUAAAAUGUGCCAAGCGAUCGUUUGUAAAUACAUACGCGUCGGUGAAUAUUUAUGCCUGUAAAUAGAAGUGUUUUGUUUCUCAGUCGAUAAUUUACAUAUGACCGUAUUAAUCUCUUAUGUUUGUCUUCAUCGAAUGAAGAUCAAUAAUCGCAAUCAUUAACACGACAGAAUCAAAUUUGGAUAUCAUCUGUUUUUAAAGUCAAAAUUUCAUUUCAAUCUUUUGUCAAUUGAAGAGAAUUUGAAUAGCAUCAUUCUCUCGUUAGAUCUAAGCAAGCUCGUUAGAUUGUUUUAAGAUGCUCGUAAACUUUUGUAUAAAUUAUCCAUAACGAUGUAUAAAAAGUCACUAGCAAUAAAUAGGAUGUCUAAUAACUGAGGUCUCAAGAGUAUUCUCUCUCGUUUUUUUAUUUUAUACCUAUUAAAACCUAAAUAGAAGACAGCUUCAAGUCCAGCUUGUGAACAAAUGAAGAGUUUACCAAUACUUACCCUCACCGAU